ACGUCACCAAACGUCACCAGGAAGUCCACUGAAACCAAGGCGACAUCAUGGCAGAAUACACAGACCCACGUGAGUGUGACGGCGAUGGAGUUGCUGACGACAUGCCCGAGCUCUCUGACGGUGAUGAUGAAGAUUUUGAUAAUGAUGAAGAGCAGUGGAUGGAGGAGGAGGACGAGGAGGAGAGUCAGCCAGUUACCGUUACCUGUCUGUUCUGUGACAGGUUGCUGAGCUCUGUGCCUGCCACCCUGCAGCACUGCACAGCUGAGCACCAGGUCAACCUUGUAGACUUGAUAAGAAAACACAAUUUGGAUGACUACGGUUACAUAAAGAUGAUCAACUACAUACGGUCAACAAAAUGUGUUGUAUCCUGUCUGACGGGGCUGCCAGACGCUCCCUUGCCCUGGGAGGGUGAAGAGUUCCUGCGGCCAGUCGUACAGGACGACGCCCUGCUGCAGACAGACCCUGAGGAGCUCUGUGAGGGGUCAAGCCUGUCAAUGUGCCCAUCGUCUGGGGCAGAGUCCCAUGAUGCACUGCAGCAGAGGACACAGGCCGCUGAGGAGAGAGCCCGAAGCUCAGAGGAGGCCCUGGCCAGAGCCAUGGAUGACCUGCAUAAACUCAAGCUGCUGGCUCAGGGUUUGGUACUGAACGCAGAAACCAGCAGACCUGGUAACACGGGCGCUGUGGCCGAGCUCCGGGAGGACGAGGACGAGGCCUACUUCAGCUCAUACGGACAUUAUAGCAUCCAUGAGGAGAUGCUGAAGGAUAAAGUGCGCACAGAGAGUUACCGUGACUUCAUGUACCGCAACCCCGAAGUGUUCAUUGACAAGGUGGUGCUCGAUGUGGGCUGUGGGACCGGCAUACUGUCUAUGUUCGCUGCCAGAGCUGGGGCCAAGAAGGUCAUAGCAGUCGACCAAUCACAAAUCAUCUAUCAGGCCAUGGACAUAGUCAGGUCUAACCAGCUGGAGGACAAGAUCACUCUGAUCAAAGGCCGUAUAGAAGACAUCAAGCUCCCUGUGGAGAAGGUGGACAUCAUCAUCUCAGAAUGGAUGGGUUACUUCUUGCUGUUUGAGUCCAUGUUGGACUCUGUCCUGUAUGCCAGAGACCUCUACCUGGCCGACGGUGGCUCAGUAUAUCCAGACCUUUGUAACAUCAGCCUGGCAGCGGUCGGAGACACACAGAAGCACCAAGACCACAUUGCAUUCUGGGAUGACGUGUAUGGCUUCAACAUGGCGUGCAUGAAGAAGGCAGUUGUGCCUGAGGCCAUGGUGGAAGCAGUGAAACCAGAAACACUCAUCUCUGAACCUACAGUCAUACAGACCAUUGACUGUAACAGAGUGUGUCUGUCUGAGCUGGAGUUUGCAUCCGAUUUCUGCUUGAAGAUAACAACCACCACAGACUGCACGGCAAUUGUCGGCUACUUUGACAUUUUCUUUGACAAAGGCUGCAGCAACAAGGUGAUGUUCUCAACGGGUCCUCAGGUCACAAAGACGCACUGGAAACAGACUGUCUUCCUACUGGAGAGGCCUUUCUCUGUCCAAGCAGGAGAGGAGCUCAGGGGAAAGAUCAUCGUGCGUAAAAACAAGAAGGACCCUCGCUCACUGUUGGUCACAUUUGUCUUUGGAGACAGGAAGCUUACUUACAGCCUGCAAUAGCGUCAGCCAUCUCAUGGUGUAACAUCUAGCAAAUAUAGCCUGUUUUUUAACUGGCCACUCAUGUAUUCAAAUGGUUUUCAUGUUUUGAAUGUAAGAAUUGUUUGUUUGCCUUGUAAUAAAUAAACAUAAC